AUGCCCUGCAGCACGCAGCGCCCGCAAGAACUUUGCUGGUGCCAUUGGCGCACCCAAGAUCCCAACGUCACCUGGGACGACGUGGGUGGCCUGCAAUACGUCAAGGACGCUGUCAAGGAGACUAUCCAACUGCCCCUCGAGAGGCCGGAGCUGUUCGCCAAGGGGCUCAAGAAGCGCUCCGGCAUUUUGUUCUACGGCCCUCCCGGAACGGGCAAGACGCUCCUCGCCAAGGCCAUCGCCACCGAGUACAGCCUCAACUUUUUCAGCGUCAAGGGCCCCGAGCUGCUCAACAUGUACAUUGGUGAGUCGGAGGCCAACGUGCGCCGCGUCUUCCAAAAGGCGAGAGACGCGCGCCCUUGCGUUGUCUUCUUCGACGAGCUCGACUCGGUCGCGCCCAAGCGUGGCAACCAGGGAGACAGUGGCGGCGUCAUGGACCGCAUCGUGUCGCAGCUCCUCGCUGAGCUCGACGGCAUGUCGGGCGGCAGCGAUGGCGGCGGCGGCGUCUUCGUCAUUGGCGCGACCAACAGGCCUGACUUGCUGGAUCCGGCACUGCUGCGACCAGGCCGCUUCGACAAGAUGCUGUACCUUAGUGUAGCCGACACGCGGGAGACGCAGCUCAAGAUCCUUGAGGCUGUCACCCGCAAGUUCACCCUCCAUCCCUCACUCUCGCUCGAUCGCGUCGCCUCCCAGCUGCCCUACCACUACACGGGCGCAGAUUACUACGCUCUUUGCAGCGACGCCAUGCUCAAGGCUAUCACACGCCAGACGUCGUCCGUCGACGCCAAGGUGGCGGCCAUCAACGCAGCACGCGGCCCAGACCAGCACCCCAUUUCGACGGCCAACUUUUUCGACCACCACGCCACGGCCGAGGAUAUUGCUGUCGUCGUGACGGAAGAGGACUUCCUCGCCGCCGACAGGGAGCUCGUGCCGUCCGUCAGCGCGGGCGAGCUGGCGCGGUAUGAGACGAUGAGGCGGUCGUUCGAGGGCCCGGCGCAGAAGGAAGGACAGGGGGCUGACGUCACGAGACCAGGCGGCGGUGCUGCGAGGGCCGUAUCUGGCGAGUCGGUCGCCAGUUCCAAAGGGAAGGGCAAGGCGCCAGCGCGGGACAAGGGCAAGGGGAAAGCGCUGGCGGUGGACAGCGACGAUGACGAGGAUCGAGCCCCCAACGGCCGCGUCAACAAGGGCAAGGGCAAAGCUGCCUUUCAGCACGGGACGGCGGAUGAUGAUGACGAGCUGUACUGA